GGUCCUCAGCAGCUCCAGCCCUGUCGCUCUGCCUCCCUUCCUGUCCCAACUGCUCUUGGGCUUCAGUUUCAUGUCCAAAAUCUUCCUCUGCUUUCCAAAAAUAAGCCACUGCUGCCAUGCUGAAGGGAGAAAAACAAGAAGGGCGGUAUUUUUAGGGCCAUUAAUUCUGACCACGUGCCCGGGAGGUGAACCUGAUGGCCAUCGCGCAAAGACGACUCAUCACUAUGUCCUGCGAAGCGAGCGUCCACUUGACGUUCCCCGCUUUUGUUCUCCUGGGCUUCCUAGCUGAGAUUGUCUCCUCGUACCCGGUGGCGAGCAGAACAAAUGGCACCCUGCUGGAGAGAGGAUGGGAAUCCCUCUUGUCCAGGUCCCUUGCUGGAAUGUCAGGAGAGAGAUCUGAAGUCAACUGGGAGACUGAGUAUUUGCUGGGAAUCAAGCGGCAGCGGAAGCUUUACUGCAAUGUGGGCAUUGGGUUUCACCUCCAGAUAUUUCCAGAUGGAAGGAUAAGUGGCGUUCAUGCUGAAAACCAAUACAGUAUCUUGGAAAUCUCAACAGUAGAACGAGGUGUGGUUAGUCUGUUUGGUGUGAGAAGCACCCUUUUUGUCGCAAUGAACCAGAGAGGAAGAUUAUACGGCACUGCAACUUUCCAAGAGGAAUGCAAAUUCAGAGAAACUCUCCUCCCCAAUAACUACAAUGCCUACGAGUCGUUUGCCUAUAGAGGCUCAUACAUAGCCCUCAGCAAAUAUGGGAAAGUGAAGCGCGGAUCCAAAGUCUCUCCUGCUCAGACAGUCACACACUUUUUACCCAGACUGUGAAAAUGAGAGUAAGGAGCGUUAAAGUACUGUUUCAUUUUGCACAUGUGAAUACUCUUCCGGGUAAGGUAUUGAUCUUCACACUUCCGUGAAUAUAUGUAUAUCUGAAUGAAAUUAUUUGAACUGGAUCUGUUACACAGAGACACGGUCAGGUGCCACUUCGCUACCUGCCCUGCAAUGCUUUCAAGAUAAGCCAUAUUUUGCAAGACACUGGAAAAAAAUAUUGAUCAGGGCUUCCCAUGAGAACACUUGUGUAUCGCAACAUGGGUGCUUGUUGUAAUUGGUGCUAUUUCAGUGAGACUCAGCCACAGAGCCGUAGUGAGGGGGAACUACGCCUCCGGCACAUGUGUGCCCUACACCCCUGCCACGCCCCCAUCUGCCCCACCACAGAACGCCCCCAGAACGCCCCGCAUUGCCCUGCACCCAGUGCAAGAUACAUACCCCCACCCAUCCCCUGGGCACUAUACCACUGCUCAGGCAGAACCACAGAUGUCUGAGACUUUUUUUUAUUGUAUUAUUUGCCAGCCACCUUAACAACAGUCUUUUAGUGGCUUUUAUUAUAUUGUUAUCCUUAAUAGCAGUUUUCAAAUGGUGUUCUUGUGGUCCCUAAGGUGCUUUGGACACAUAUCAGAGGUCGGUAACAGUGGACAAUCUUGCUGAACAACAGUUUGCUCACCAUUACUGAUAACUUUUUGCAAAGUAUGGCCCAAGUGGUACAUGGUAGUCUGAGGGUUCUUUUACAUAUUAUAGACUCCUCAUGUUUGUUGACUGAUGACUCAAGAAUAGUGCUGCCAACACCAGGUUAAGUAAUCCCUGGAGUUUCAGGAGUGGAACCUGGGGGAGGGCAAGGUUUAGGGAGAGGAGGGACCUCAGAGGGUAUAACGCCACAGAGCCCACCCCCAAAGCUGCCCAUUGUUCCAGAAGAACUGAUCUCUAUAGCCUGGAGAUCCACUAUAAUCCUGGAAGAUCUCCAGGUCCUACCUGGAAGUGGGCAACCCUGAUUUUGAAGCAGAAGUGUGAUGUUCCCAGUCUCCUACAAGCGUUUUUCUCCUUGUACCUGGGGCACACAGGAAGAAGCAGCUGCACUCUUAUCUUCUGUGCUGUUUUCUCCUCCUUAAAAUGCCCCAUGAACCACAAGCUUCAUCUGUGAACUCAUAUUACUUAUGCGGCUACAUGCCAGUUGCAAUGGAGCCAACAGCAAUUCCAUGGGUUAUGUUGAGGAGGAAAAAAUAGUGGAGAUGGAAAAGUUCAGAUAGUUUCAGAAAUUCUCCUAGCCUAGCUCUCCCUAGUCUUCCUUCUCUUCUCCUGGCCAGGCCUAGCUUCCUUGUUCCUCAACAGUUAGUCCAAUAUUGCUCCAUCCUUGCAAACAGUCUUCUCCUUAUUGGUGAGCCCACAAAUCUGGUUCCUCCUUUUGUUUUCAUAUGACUCUGAUGUCACAUGACUUCGUGUAAUAUGUCUGCAACUCAGUUGGGUCCCAGGUCUGGAAAGGUUGAAAACCACUGAUGUAGGAAAGCACUAAAAACCGCAGCCUAACAUACUAAGUUUGCCAGCUUGGAGAACAACCUUGUUAUAUCACUUUUGGUUAUACCUGCAAGCAACAUCAUGUUGCUCUAGGAAUUUACCCAUCUCUAUGGUUUUUACCAUAAAGAGCAAUUCUGGCAAUUCCUGGAGAAACUUGAUGUCACUUCUGGGUUUUCCCUGAGAAUGAUGUCAUGGCGUUCAUGAUAUGCCUUCCAUGUCCCUGCCCCACGCUCUCAGCAGUUGCUAGUCAUGGCCUGGCAACCAUGUACAAUAAACCAGAAUUUUACUCUGCAGUAUGUAAUUGAUAAAACAUGUGAUACUAAUUUGAGUGGUCAAACUGCCUUUCAGCCACUUUCUACCAUUUUCCACAUUGCUUAUCUGCCAAGGAAUCUUUGCAUGUUGCAGAGUACUUGGGAGUGUACUUUAAGGUGCCCUCUCAGUUUACACUGUUGAUGACUCCUUACUAACCUAUGUGAACUGAGAAAUUCCCCUGCAAUGCAUCCAAAACACCCCUGAAACUGUGUGUUCCAAAGUUCGUCAUUUUAAGGCCUGAUACACACAAUUUUGAAAAACAAAUUCCAGGAUGAAAUGAUGUUUUAAAGUCAUUGGGUGAUUAGAGCACGUCACUUCCAAAUGCUAGUUUAAAAAAACAAGUCCAUUGCAGGCUCUUGGCUACCCUCUGCUUCCCACCUCAGGCUCCCACCUCAGAAAUUCUCUCCAAGAAUACAUAUAAAGAACACUUAACUUCACUCAUCUGUUUAUAUAACCUUUCCUCAGAAUACCAGUCAUGCCACAUUCUCCCUGCCUUUAAAGAUUAUUUUAAGAGACCCUGUCAAUAGAUACUAUAGAUAUCUGUGAGCAGAAGUCUUGAGAUGCUUGCAGGAGGGGUGGGGGUUCUCCUAAAUUUGAAACUCCAUGUGGAAUGAUGUCAGAGCACAGGCAUUUUCAUUGCUAGGUUGCAGCUGAACUAUAUGUCCAAGGCAAUGAUAUAUGAUAUUCCACGUUUUUACCGUAAUUCUUCUGGCCCUCAUGCAGCAACUGCAGGUCUCUCAAAUACACACCAUUUUUAAAAUAUGCUUGUUAAUAUGGAAGGUGGCAAGGUAUAGCCCCAUCUCAACAGGCCUCGGAAAGCUAAACAGGGUCAGUGCCAGGUUUGCCAGCUCUAGGUUGUGGCUGGAGAUCUCCUGCUAUUACAUCAGUUCUACAGGUGACACAGAUCAGUUCACCUGGAGAUAAUGUCCUCUUUGGAAGUCAGAUUCCAUGGCACUGUGCCCCAUUGAAAUCUGUCCCCUCUCCAAACCUCACCCUCUUCAGACUCUACUUCCCUCCCCACCCCACCCCCCAAAAAAAUCUUCAG